GAGUCUGUCAAUGUGACAGAUUUUAAGUCAAGCUGGAGAAACGGGAUGGCUUUUUUGGCUGUCAUUCAUGCCUUGCGGCCAGACCUAAUUGACAUGAAAAGUGUAAAGCAUCGAUCCAACAAAGACAAUCUGAAAGAGGCCUUCGGAAUUGCAGAACGAGAAUUAAAAAUCCCCAAAUUGCUGGAACCAGAAGAUGUGGACGUUGUUAAUCCUGAUGAAAAGUCGAUCAUGACCUAUGUGGCACAGUUUCUGCAGUAUUCAAAGGAUGCAGUUGAGACUGGAGGUAACACUCAGUUACAGGAAAAGACAAAAGAAGCCUUACUCUGGUUAACUCAACAAGAGGAAAAGCUACAGAAGGCGCAAAAGGAUUCAGAUAAUGAAACCUACUCUGUGAAGUCUGAAGUAAGUAUGCCCUUACACCAAAGUUUAUUUGUACUUUACUCUUAGGGAUCUUUUG